AUGGAAGACCUUGCCAGAAGCAUGGCCUCCGAAAUCAGGCAAGGAGACUGUGCGCGAACAGUAUUCGGCACCGUGCAUGCUCAAGCACCGAGCAUCACUGUCCAAUGGGUCUGGAUCCUGCUGCCAGUCAGCAUGAUCACGCUGUGCCUUAUAUUCCUCAUCACGACCAUGAAGUUCUCCGAAGACAACAGCAAAGCAAUCUGGAAGCCAUCUACCCUGGCGACGCUGUUUCAUGGUCUGGAAGUCGUGCCGUACGAUGACAGCGGCCAUCUCACCAUUUCGCAAAUGCGGUUAGCAGCGAGUGUCAAGCAUGUACAACUCGAGGAAGACAGAUUGGCUGACCUGAAUUUACUCGUCAGUCGAGAUCGAUUCGGGGAGCCAUGA